AUGUCAGACGUUGAAAAGUUUGAAUGCCUAAGGACUUCAUUGGCGGGAGAGGCGCUCUCUUUGGUGGUGCAUCUCACGUUAACACCGCAAACUAUAAAAGUGCAUGGGAAAUUCUGCGGAGUCGAUACCCACACUUUCCGAGCACUCUUGGCUACUGGAUCCCAAGUUAGCUUCAUUACGAAGAAAUGUGCUGAUCGACUUUCACUGGCAAGGCGUCGCUGUUCUGCUCAGGUAGGCAUCUCAGGCACGUCAGUUAAUGUGGUAUCAGGUAUAACCUCCAUCAAGCUGUCACCAGUGGGAAAGACUGAUCCACUUAUUCCUCUCGACGUUUUCAUUGUAUCUAAAAUUACAGACGCCACACCUCAAUCAAAUAUCAUAUCUUCCUUGUGGCCUCACUUGACGAAUCUAGACUUAGCUGACCCAACAUUCAAUAUUCCUGGUCCAAUUGACAUUUUACUGGGGGCUGAUGUUGCACCUGCGCUUCUCACGGGGAACCACAUCGUAGGUCAACCUUUAGAACCAACUGCCUUUGGUACUAUCUUUGGAUGGGUUUUGAUGGGGCCAGUCUCAUCAAAACAGUCAAAUUCUGUGACUUCUUUAUUAGUGACUUCUAGUCUAUCGUUAGAACACUCUCUGACCAAAUUUUGGGAAAUGGAAGAACCACCUAAUGUUCAACAUUUAAGUCCCGAUGAAAUUCAAGCUGAAGCAAUAUUCACUUCUUCAAUCAAACGCCUGAAAUCCGGACGGUUCAGUGUCGCAUUACCCUUCACAUCCCAUCGUAGGGGAUUCCAAAAGUGGGGCUCUCAAACGGUUUCAUAG